UGAAGGGACCAAGGAGGGGGUAAUCUGCGCGCUUGGCGCCGCCUCGCUCUUGCUCCUCCCUUUCUGUUCCUCUCUCUGUCGACGUGUGUGCCCCGCCCACUUUCGUGUUAUCUGCCUCCUCCUGGCGAGCCCGGCUCGCGCACGAUCUUGCCACCCAGCAUCUUCUUUUGCAAGAGCAUCUUUCCCCCUCCCCGGGCCAUCGCAGCCUCUCCUCCGCGCGCGCCCUCGCCUGCAUUCCUCCCUCCUUGCUUCCUCCUUCCUGCCUGCAGCUUCGGGGUCCCCCCCCCCCUUCCACUCCCUGCAAAUGGAGUUGCCUGCCAACCAGUGCAAAAAAGUCAAGCUGAGCAACAAAGUGCAGAACUGGGGAAUGCAGAGAGCUACCAAUGUCACCUAUCAAGCUCACCAUGUCAGUCGGAAUAAGAGAGGCCAGGUGGUAGGGACCAGAAGUGGCUUCCGGGGCUGCACAGUCUGGUUAACAGGACUGUCUGGAGCUGGGAAGACCACAGUUAGCAUGGCAUUGGAAGAGUAUCUAGUGUGCCAUGGCAUUCCAUGCUAUACCUUGGAUGGUGACAACAUCAGGCAAGGCCUCAAUAAGAACCUGGGCUUCUCACCAGAAGACAGGGAAGAAAACGUCCGCCGGAUUGCUGAGGUUGCCAAGCUGUUUGCAGAUGCUGGACUUGUGUGCAUCACUAGCUUUAUUUCUCCUUAUGCCCAGGAUCGUAAUAAUGCCCGGCAAAUUCACGAAGCAUCAAGCCUGCCUUUCUUUGAAGUGUUUGUGGAUGCUCCACUGCAUGUUUGUGAGCAGAGAGAUGCGAAAGGUCUUUACAAAAAAGCUCGUGCUGGAGAAAUUAAAGGUUUCACUGGCAUUGACUCAGAGUAUGAAAAACCUGAAGCCCCUGAGCUGGUACUGAAAACGGAUUCCUGUGAUGUCAACGACUGCGUUCAACAAGUUGUGGAACUUCUGCAAGAGAGGGACAUUGUACCAGUGGAUGCCUCCUAUGAAGUUAAAGAGCUGUAUGUCCCUGAAAACAAGCUUAAACUGGCCAAAACAGAUGCUGAAACUUUACCAGCUCUGGAAAUAAAUAAGCUGGACAUGCAGUGGGUGCAGGUUCUGGCGGAGGGUUGGGCAACACCGCUUAAUGGCUUUAUGAGAGAGAGAGAAUACUUGCAAUGCCUUCACUUUGACUGUCUGCUGGAUGGGGGAGUUAUUAAUCUCUCAGUGCCUAUAGUGUUGACAGCUACAAAGGAAGACAAGGAGAGACUAGAUGGCUGCACAGCUUUUGCUCUCGUGUAUGAAGGCCGGCGCGUGGCUAUUCUUCGAAAUCCAGAAUUUUACGAGCACCGCCAAGAAGAGCGCUGUGCCAGACAGUGGGGGACAACCUGCAAGGAACAUCCUUACAUCAAGAUGGUCAUGGAACAAGGGGACUGGCUUGUGGGUGGUGACCUGCAAGUGCUUGAUCGAAUUUACUGGAACGACGGCCUCGAUCAGUACCGUCUCACACCUGCUGAGCUCAAGCAGAAAUUCAAAGACAUGAAUGCCGAUGCUGUCUUCGCCUUCCAGUUGCGCAAUCCUGUGCACAAUGGGCAUGCCCUGUUAAUGCAGGAUACUCAUAAGCAGCUGCUGGGACGGGGCUACAGGAGGCCAGUUCUGCUCUUGCAUCCAUUGGGUGGUUGGACGAAGGAUGAUGAUGUUCCUCUGAUGUGGCGGAUGAAGCAACAUGCGGCCGUGCUGGAGGAAGGAAUAUUAAAUCCAGAAACGACUGUGGUGGCUAUAUUUCCCUCUCCCAUGAUGUAUGCUGGACCAACUGAGGUUCAGUGGCAUUGCAGAUCACGAAUGGUAGCUGGAGCAAACUUCUACAUUGUGGGCCGAGAUCCUGCCGGCAUGCCUCAUCCCGAGACUGGAAAAGAUCUCUAUGAUCCAACGCAUGGUGCCAAAGUGUUGACUAUGGCGCCAGGGUUGAUAACAUUGGAAAUUGUACCCUUCAGAGUGGCAGCUUAUAACAGGAAAAAGAAAUGCAUGGAUUACUAUGACUCGGAACACCAUGAAGAUUUUGAAUUCAUUUCGGGAACCCGCAUGCGUAAACUGGCUCGCGAAGGGCAGAAUCCUCCAGAAGGCUUCAUGGCUCCUAAAGCAUGGACUGUUCUGACGGAAUACUACAAAUCCUUGGAAAAGGCUUAGGGUGCUUAUUAAGUGCAGAUCAAACUUUGACUGUUGAUUUGUUAGCAAGAAGGGGGACCACACAGUCGCCGUUUGCACUGCUUUAGAGUGUCUUUCAGGAAGCUCUUCCCUAAAAAAACAAAUCUUUUCUCCUUAAUAUCAUUUUACUUGUCUUAUGGAUUCUAUUACAAAUUGGCACCUAACAAGUCGCUGGUUUUAAUAUCUUCUCUUUUUAUUACAGUUACUAUUUUUGCUGUAAGUUUUUUAAAUCUUGUCUUUUUAUAUUUUUAGGCUCCUCCCUGUCCAGCAUUUCUAAUUGCAGCCACACCUUUCUUUUACUCUAUUCAUAUUAUUUAAUGUAGUUCUGUUCUCUGCUUUUUAUAGUUUGCGGGAUGAAUAUAGCGUUUGGAUUGUUUUUUAAAAAUAGAAGUGCUUAAUUCAAUGAAAAUAUUUUUUUUAAAAUAACAAAAUCAAGCUUUUCUGUCAUUGGUCUUUUGCAAAGAUUGCAUAGAAUCUCAGAAUGGAUUUCACUGUAUUGCAAGUUAAAUUUUCUGUAUUGAAUCUGUCUUGUGCUUGCAGAUUCUUUUUUCAAACCAGUGUGACAAGAGCCGUAGAAAACAGUAUUUAUCUUAACAUGAUACAUUAUCUUGUUCUUCCAUGUUUCCACAAAAUUAAUGGAAAGAGUUUGAGAAGACCAAGCAAUAACAGUUUGAUACCGUUUCUUGCUUAUCUCCUUCUACCCCUCCAAAAUACAACCUUGUAAACUGCAGGACAAAUGGCAGAAAGGGAUGGUAUAGAACACUGCAGUGACAUCCAGGUCAUUUUUUUGUUUAUUUAUAGCCUGCCUUUUUUACUAAGACUCAAGAUUGGUUACAGAGGUCAGAAGGAGGAAAAAGGUAAUCAUACACUAUAAGUCAUCCAAUGAACAGUGCAGUAAAAACAAUGAAAUAAAAAUUUAAGUGACAAUGUAAACAGCAAACUACCCAGACUGGCAUAGUGCAAGCGAUGCAGAACUUGCGACUGGAAAGGUACAAGGCACUGCCCACUUCCUUCCUUCCUUCCUUCCUUCCUUCCUUCCUUCCUUCCUUCCUUCCUGUAUAUGUAUUUCCUGCCCGUCACCAAAGUCCCAACGGGGUGUGUGUGUGUUCAAUCAUAAAAGCAACAUAAAACUAUGAAUUUUUAAAAAACAAUCCCCAAAUCAGCUUCAUGAACCAUCCUUACCCACCAUUCUAGGUUCCCCCUCCUAAAAAUACAUAAGCACCCCACUCUCAUAGACUCCACCCCAACAAAUAUCAGCCUUGCGACUGGGGCUAAUACUAGGAGAGAGGUGACACAGGUACCAAAAAUGAAUGGGAUUGUGUCAUAAUUGUUUCCAUUUUUUGCACUAGGACAAUUCAGUUUGGAAACAUUCCCUUCCCUGUUCUCAGUGUUGGUUUAUUGAGAUCUGGUGAUUACUAGAUGCUCAAGAACUAAUUUCUUUUCACUGAUUCCUUUUUUCUCAUGCUUGUAGAAGAGGGGAAUAACAGUACUAUUUUUCAGUAACCCAGGUUUGGUGCUUUUUUUGCCAUACAUGGUUAGUAAUUUUACAUGAGAAAAGAGUCAGUGGUCAUUAACUAACAGCUACUUGUCAUUUGGAUAGAACUCUAGAGGGAUGAUCCUGCUGUAAUAGAUGCAGGUGGCCUUUGUUAAAGGUACCUGCUGAACCUAGCUCAAAUUGUCAUGGUGAAAUUCAAGUUAUAAGGAUGAAGACAGCAGAAAUCCACUGUUCUUUUCAGCCAUUGAUGCGUGGUCAGAAAUGAUUCCCUCCACCAGUGACAAGCCUGCCCCUCAGAAGGUUACGGAUAAAUAAAAUAUACCCCAAGAGACCCUCAGAUUUCUUUCUGUCAACAUGACUACCAUCUGGAAUUAUUUGCUUCCAUGUUCUAUGCUACUUGAUGCAAAGUAAGUUCAUAGCUUCUUAAAAGUACUAAUGUUGAGUAAGUAAUGCUUCAACCUUCUGCAGAGUGACCCCAGCCUAUGCGCAAUGGAAGUGAUGGGAUGUAUCCAAACAAUUUUUUUUCUGCUGGAAAAAGGGACGAGUUCUGGAUGUCCACCAACAGAUAUGCGACCCUCCUGAACAAAAGACCAGGGUUGUCUGGGACAGACUGAGAAAAUAACUGUCUAGAUCAGCGGUUCUCAACCUGUGGGUCGUGACCCCUUUGGGGGUUGAACGACCCUUUCAUAGAGAUCGCCUAAGACUCUGCAUCAGUGUUCCCCAUCUGUAAAAUGGAUAAAUGUUAGGGUUGGGGGUCACCACAACAUGAGAAACAAAGGGUUGGGGCAUUAGGAAGGUUGAGAACCACUGGUCUAGAUGGGUUUAGAGCAAUCUGCAUAGGGUUGGACUGUAGAAAUCACCAAGAUCUGAUCACUCAGUUGCACAGUAAAACUGAUGACAUUUCUAGGGAAGUGAAGAACUAUAGUUCACUCAAUUAAAAAAAGUCAGUGAAUGGGAAAAUAGGCCAUAGGAAAUUCUUCUUCCAUGGGUUCACCUGUUUUAUAAUAUGAGGCAUAGUAGUUGGAAACAUUCUUAUCAGAGGAUACCUGUGCCUUCUGAGGGCAGAAUUACGACUGCAGAAUUUGUGUCCAACCCAACAAAAGUAUCUAUUCUGUGAAGGUUUGUCAUAGAAUAGAAUUUUAAUAAUAUUCAGAAGAAACAAAAGUAAAACUUCAAUCCUGACAAUAAACAUCAAUAUUCAUAACACCAGGAAGAUCAAUCACUUUCUUCGUCUUCCCCCUCGCCACUUUCUCAUGAUUCAGUGGGAGCCGCAGAUUUCUCAGCAGAGUGCUUUUCAUCAUCACCCUCUCCUUCUGUUCAGUGGGGGAGAAACAGGUGCUCUGAUGUUCCCACUAUGUCCCAUGGUACAAGGUAAUAUUUGGUGAGACCUCAUUUAAAGAAAGUUCUGAGUCGAUUUCUGAGUUUUUAGAUUUGCCAUCUUCUGCAGGAGGGCUGUUCUUUUGUGGCAGCUGGUUAUGCUGCUCUUCAGUCAAGAUCUGUGCUCCAAAUCCAUUCUUCAACACUGCCCUGGGGUUUUUGUCAUCAUUAUUCAAUCCGAUAGAGCCUGUUGGCUUGAGAGCAUUGGUCAGAGAGUCUAAAAUGGAGCAUUUCCAAGAGGACUGAUGGACAACUUGGUGAGACCGAAGAAAGGGAAGGACGCACUGAGGAUCUAGGCCUUCUACUAGUUUCCUCUGGUUUCCAGCCUUACUAUACAACUGAAAGACACUGGGCUCUUUUGCAGAUUCUCUGGCGAUCUCUGCAACCCCUUGUCCAUCUCCACCAAGUGUAUCUUUCUGGUUUUGGUUUGUUCCAAGCCAAUUUUCUCAUUACGUUUCCCACAUGCCUCUCCUUCCUGAGAAAAACAUUUGUCGACUGUUUUGCAGCUUCAUCUAUGGACUUUGUUGAAGCUUAGGCAGACAAUUCAUUUAGGACAGCCGCCUCCAGAUUGUUUUUCUCAAGUCCCCCUAUUCUUUCUUCGAGUGCUGUAUCCAGCAGACUGGCCAGCAGGGAAAGCUCUCUUUGGCAAGAUGUCUAGCAGGCUGCUGCUAUUCAUUUUCCUGAUUUGUAAAACUUCCAAGACUUCCUCUUGCAUCCUGAUCAGAGACUCUUCUUUGUUGCACAGAGUUGCACUGAUAGCACAUGAUUCUCUGCACUCAACUUGAUGGUCUCACAUAAAACUUCGAUGUCUUCCUUAAUUGCACAGCAGGACAUUUUUUGAGAGUUUUUAACUGCAGAAUUGUCUGUAGAAGGUCUUCCAUUAUCCUUGGUGUUAUAUCAGUGGCACCAAGAUCCACCAGGUAUGCCAGUGAGGGCAUAAAAAUAGGAAUAGGAAAAAAGGAAUCUUGAAUGGUUACCAAUGGAUUGUUGCUGAGAUCCACCUUGAGCAAAAACUGCAUGCCGUGCCAGGCCCGGAAUGUCCCAUAAGUGAUUUGUUGAAUGAUGUUGCUACUGAGAUUUAUAACCUGCAGAAACGGGACAGCCUCAAACAUGUUCUUCUCAAUAAUUUGGAUUUUAAGGACAAGUCCAGGUAGGUGAGGGAAUACAAGCCUUCCAGAGAUGUGCUAUGAAGUCUGCUCAAGCUGUUUUCCUUGAGGACCAAGUGUUUGGCCCAAGGAUAGGCCUUCCACACUUCUUUUCCAAUUGAUGAAAUCACAUUCUUGGUAAAGUCCAAGUAUAUGAGAGGAUGAGGAUGAGCAGCCAGGUUGGGAAGGGGCACUUGGUGGAAUCCAAGCAGGUUGGUGAUCCCGCUGCAGUUUAAGAUUGUCAAGGUGCAACAGCACGUGGUUGGGCAAGGCCCUUGAGCUCCAUCCAGCCCCAUAAAGGGCACCAGUGGGAUCCCAAAGUAGAAAUACAUAUAAGUCAUGGUAGAAAUGUCCAUACUGUACAGCCGACCUUUUCAGGCUGCACAGGAGUCACAGCAAGUAUUUUAUGUGUCUGAUUGAUUGUGACAUCAUUUAGCAGGACAUCCAGCAUUAUGGCAUAUCUGUCAUUGUGGCAACAAUGGAGGCCCUGAUUCAGAGGCAAGGACAUUCAGAGGAAGUUUGCCAUUGCCUGCCUCUGCAUCAUGUCAUUGGUACUCUGUAACUAGUAAGGGUCUCCCCACCCCCUUUUUUUUGCUGUCAAGUCACAGAUGAUUCAUGGAGACCCUGUAAAGUUUUCAAGGCAAGAUAUGUUUGGAGGUGGUUCCCCAUUGCCUACCUUCAUGUCACACCACUGGAGGAGACUCCUGAGUCACUCAUUUGAAUCAGUGAGACUAGGCACUAGGGUAACUGCAUAGAAUUGUACUUUCAAAUAUUCAUAUAUUACGAUAAAAACAAUAAAAGAUAAAGAAAUUAAAUGGGAAAUAAAACAAGAACAAUUAAAAAUGCAAAGAUGAAAAAUUGAUUGGUGGUUUUAUUAUCAAGAAACUGUUUCUUAAAAGAGAAACAUCUGUUCCAGAAGAGAUCAAAUGAAUAUUAUAGAAAAAAAAUCUUCUAGAUACUGAUAAUAACUUAAUAAAAAACAUGCACGAUCUUUGCCUAAGAUUGGAAUUAGAGACAGAUAAAGUUAAAGGUUAUAUGGUAAGAUGGAUUCAAUACUUAGGACAUAAUAUUAUGUUUGUUCAAUGGGAAAAGUUGUGGAGAAAUAGUCUGAAAUUUACUAAAAGGAAUCAUAUGAAAGAAACAUUUUAAGAUCUGGUUUAGGUGGUUUAGGACCCCAAGUUAAAUUGCAGAUAUAAAUAACAGCUCUAGUAAGUGCUGGAAGUGUAAUGAAGUAAAAGGCACUUUGUUCUAUCAAUGGUGGACAUGCAGCAAAGCACAAAAAUUUUGGAAAAUAAUAAACAUUUAGAUUAUUAAGGUAUUAAAAGUUCACAUAAAACUUAAGCCAGAAUUUACAUAUUAGGCAUGAAAAAUAAAGCUUUAAAUGAAUUGCACGAUAUGUCAAUAUUUAGUAACAGCUGCAAAACUGGUCUGGGCAAAAAAUUGGAAAACAAGUUUCAUGCCAUUAGUUCAGGAUUGGCAAAAUGAAGCCAUGGAGUUAAUGUCCUCAGCUAAAAUUUCUGAUUUGUUUUAUACAAAGGUGGAAAAGUUAGUCUAAUUAUAUAGGUAAAAUUUAUGAUAUAACAUUAGUUUAACUUUCUAAAUGAGUAGACAAGAAUUGUAUAUAGAUUUUAUAACAAUUUAUGUUUAAUUUGUCUUUUUUCCUUUCUUGUUUAUCUUUAUUAGAUGUAUUUGUGGAUCUGUUUGGGAAUUAUUAUAAAUGUAUGAUGUAGUUAAAUGUGUGUUAUCUAUAAAAAAAACUUAAUUAAAAAAAGAAUUGUACUUUCA